AUGCACAAUGCAUGGGAUGCGCACUACCGUCAGGUCAACGUCCUGCGGUUUACACAGGAUGGCUCAGCUUUAUUGACUGGUAGCGAAGACUCAGGGGUUAGCGUCUGGUCUGUUUCAAGAUUGUUGGACGACGACUUACAGAAUGAGCUGCCAACACCUUAUUGCACAUUCUCCGACCAUACUCUACCUGUAACCGAUAUUGUAUGCGGUGUAGGCCCCUUUCCCUUGUGCCGUGCCCUCACUUCGUCCCUUGAUCAUUCUGUUAAGCUGUGGGACUUAUCCUCCAAGUCUCUGCUCACGACGUUUUAUUUUCCAAAACCGGUGUCGUGUCUGGCAUGGGACAUCACAGAACGAUUAUUUUUCGCCGCCUCCGCAGAUGGCUCAAUCCACCAGGUCAAUAUGUUCCGUCAGCGGGAAGACAAGUUUGGCAGCGCCGCCUUGGAAGCAGUUGGUGGUGCAGGGAUGAACGAUGUCGUCCGAAUUGACAUACAAGAUACAAGGACUGCGAAAAAAAGGCUUAUCUCGACUGGAGACCCAGUUUCAGCCAUCACCAUUUCUCUAACCUCCUCGCUCUUACUUGUUGGGACGGAGACAGGCCUCAUCCAAAUCUAUGACAUCGCAUCGCACCAAUUACUGCGCACGGUGUCGACGCACAAAGGACUCCUCAUUACGCACCUAGCGACCAUGCUCCGCCCACCUGACCUAGUCGGACAUGCGACUUUGAGCCUGACAGUUGGUACGGAAACAAAAGAGCUACCAGGUCGUCCGGUUGUACCUUUUCAGCGAAUACGAGAUGCAAAGGCCCGCGACGCGCAUGAGGUCUCCAUAAUGCUACAUUCGAGGGAUCCCGCAGACACAGAGGUAUUCUUCUCAUAUCCAGCGGACGAGUUGAAUCACGAUCACGCGUUCUUUGUGCGGUCAGAGACGGACAAAGGGUCAGUGGGCGUAUCGUUGCAGUCGCGCGUUGUGGAGUUAGAGAGCGAGGUUUCGAAGUUGCGGGAGCAGCUCGGGAAGGCAAAAGGUAUUAAUGAUGUCAUGUGGGAAAAGGUUGUAAAACAAAUGGUAGAAGAAGGAAAGCAGAAAACCCCAGAACAGGAAAUGGGGGACCCUGAGGCAGACGACUCGGGGAGACGGAGGAAGAGAGGGCGUGUUUGA